GGUUGGUCAAGUCAAAGAAGUCCUACUGUUCGGUUGCCAGGACAACUUAGCAGGGCAAACAAACAAAGCCCAAAAGUUAGUAAACUACAUCUUAUUCUGAAUAAAUACGAAAAUGUCGGACAAAGAUCUGGAUGCCAUUAUCCUGGUGACCCAACAGGUUCUGGGUAAAUAUAUUAAGAAACCACCACUUACAGAGAAGCUGCUGAAGAAACCCCCAUUCAGGUUCCUAAUGGAUGUUUUCAAUAACGUAAGUGGUUAACCUUGACCCAUUCGCCAUUCAAAAACCCAAAUGAAACUUCGUUUCGUGCAGUUUAUCAAGCAAACUGGCAACUUUGAGGGACUAUAUACGCCGGAGGAGCAGACUUUUGAGAACAUAGUUAGUCGGGAGGAUAAGAUACGAUUCCUGCAGAAAAUGAUCGAUGCAAUCAAGCUAAGCACUAAAAUUGACCUGAAAGUGCGAACUUCAAAAAUAGUUGCUGGCCAGGAGCCGGAGCUUACCAAUGAGCUCCUCCAGGCGAUGGCCAGUGUGGCGGAGAAGAAUUUGAAGUGGGACAGCGUUGUUGACCAGGUGGUAAUUGCCCAUAGCAAAACACCAAUUGCCAUAACAAAACCCUCUAAGGAAUCUAAAGCCUCGAGCAAGAAUCCCUCACCCGCUGGGAAGGAUGAGGAUCCAAAGCGCCGAAAAGAUAAGCGCAUAUCGCCCCAGGAGCAAAAGGUGCGAAAGGCCACCGAAACGGCAUCCCGAUCAUCGCCCAAUGACAAGGAGAAGACAUCCCAGAAGAAGUCAAAGGUGACCAAGGAUGACCCUAAAUUAAGUCGGCAGAAUUCCAAGCAAAAAAGUCCUUCACCUGUUAAGCUAAAGUCUAAGACCAAGCUGCAGUUUUCCACAGAAAGCGACAACCCCAGCAUGUCCAUGUCGCCAGUGCCUGGAGGAGUAGCCAAGCAGGCAGCUCCUGAAACUGUUACUGCUAAUCCAGCGCCGGAAUCGGUCAAAACAUCGCCUGCGAAACCCAAGGAACCAUCGGUAGAACCUGUCCAGGAAGCAUCACCGGCUCCAUUGGCUCCUCCAGCAGAGCCAGAGAGUCGCAAAUCCUCCGGCAGGAGUCGCCGCUCUAGUGGCAGUCAUAGGCAACCGGAACCGAACCCCAAUGAGAACCAAUCCCAGCCAGCGGUGCAGCCGUCGGAAACUAAUUCCCCAGUGGAUUCUAGUGUUAGCAACGGUGAGGCGAAGCGGGAGAUUCCCAUCUCCAGGGAAAACUCGAAGGAAGCCAAUCAACGGCCUAGAACCUCACUUAGACCCCCAUCCGCUCGACCGGCAUCCGCACGUCCUGGAGCUCCACGACGCCGGAAUGUGGAAAUCGUACUUCAACCAAACGAUCAGGUCAAGAUGUCUGGGAUUAAUGUUAAACUAGAAACAUUUGGGGAUCUCGACGAUGAUGGGGAGAACCUGGUGAUCAUAGAAGAUGCCAACUCACAUGACAUUGUUGAAGGGGGAGGAGCAGAAGAACCUGCUCUGGAGGGUCAGCUAGAUGCCCAGGGUCGAUUGGUUCAGCAGAUCUUGGAAACCCAAAAGGAAUUGGUUCACCAAAAUGCAGAGAUUGAGCCCCCACAAAGUCAAGCAUCCCGGCAGAGCUCCGCUCGUCAGGUGAAUGACCUGCGCGAUGCUAUCCAAAGUCUUACGAAGUCAGUUAAUCCACUGGGCAAACUGCUGGACUUUAUACCCGAGGACAUCGAUGCCAUGCAACUGGAGCUCACUAUGUGGCGUGAUACCUACACCCAAGCAUCCAUGGAACUAAAACGGGAGCAAAGUCUCACUGCAUCCGCCACGGAACCCAUGAAACACCAGCUGCAGCAAAUCGAAGCCAGCAUCGCCGAGUAUCGCGAGCUUGUCGACGAAAGUCGCAACAAGAUCCUGCAGAACAACGCCCGCAUCCUUAAAAUGAUGAGUGAACAGUAA